AUGGCGUCCGAACCUCAGCAACCUUCGGCCGGCCCGCCUCGCAAGGUUGACGUCUUCACCGGAGACGUCGUUCACCACGACACUUACCCUGAGAUCAACCCAGUCACGGCUUCCAACUGCACUGGGAAAGCAGUCCUCAUCACAGGAGCAAGUAAAGGACUCGGAAAGGCAGUGGCAAUCGGCUACGCCGAGGCAGGCGCAUCCCUCAUUGCCGUCGCCGCUCGCUCAAAUGUCUCAUCUACCAUCGCCUCCAUCAUCGAGGCCGCAAAGGCUGCUGGGAGGGCUGAGCCAACGGUAUUGGCCCUCGAGAUGGAUGUGAGCAGCACGCCGAGCGUAAAGGCGGCCGCAGAGCGACUUACGUCCGAGUGGGGACGCCUGGAUAUCCUAGUUAACAACGCGGGCUACAUGGCUCCCUUCAACUUGCUGCUUGAUGCUGACGACGACGAGUACAUGAAGGCAUGGGAUGUGAACUACUGGGGCACAUAUCGUGUCACGAAGGCGUUCUUGCCGCUGUUGCUCAAGGGCGGCGACAAGACGAUUGUCAAUAUGUCUUCGGUGGCGGCUCACUUCAUGGGUGCUGGAGGAGGAGCCUAUCACAUUUCCAAAUUUGCGCUGAUACGGUUCACCGAAUUUGUCCAGGAUGAGUAUGGUGAUCAGGGCGUCUUAGCGUUUUCCAUUCAUCCUGGGGGGAUUCCGACAGAGUUGUCUUCGAAUUUGCCAGAAAGGUUGCAAUUUCGAAUGCGAGAUACCCCAGAGCUUGCUGCCCAUUCUAUCCCGUACCUUACUAGUGUCAAGAGGGAAUGGCUAGGAGGCAGGUGGAUUAGCUGUAUGUGGGAUAUGCCAACGCUCGUAACUAUGGAGAAGAAGAUAGUUGAAGGGAAUCUCCUGAAGUUUGAGUGCAGUGGCUUGUAG